AUGAAGCAUUAUUCGAAAAAGAGUUUGAAGCCUCGUGAAGAUGAAUGUUCAAAUUCUGAUACAAGAGUGUUGAUUGAUUUUAUGAAGAUGUCAAAGAAUGGUGAUAUUACUCGAGAAUCAUCGAACAAUAAGGCAAUCAAUUCAUCUAUUUCAGACUCAAGAGAUGAAGAUGAGAAGAUUGGAAAUGUGAAAGAAGGAAAGACUUUUUGUUGCAACUAUUGUAAGAAAGAGUUUUCUACCUCACAAGCUUUGGGAGGACACCAAAACGCACACAAACAGGAACGAGCUAUGGCAAAACGUGUUGAAGCUUUUGAUGUUAGUGGGUUAGGACAUUUUCCUUAUUCCUCUUAUUAUUCAAGUUUAUAUAACUUUCAUCAUUCCCUUUAUGGAGGGUCCUUUAAUAGGGAACUUAGGGUCAGAAAGGACUCCAUGAUUCAGAAGCUUCCUUGGAUUCCAAGGUAUGAACAUUCAUUGUUUAAAAGGAAUAAUGGAAGAUUGAGUUCGUCAAUAUUUGAUGGGUUUGAACCUAUGAAAAGUGAUUAUCAAAUUCCAAAGAGUGAUGCAACUCCAAACCUGAGAGUAGAGAAUGAUAAUGGUAGAAAUAGUGAUAAAGUUGAAACACUACCUCUUUUUACAGAUGUUGUCAACAAUUCUUUAAGUCAAUCCGAGAUAACAAAACUUGAUGAUCCUUUCAUUCCAAAAAGAUCUUCUUAUGGAUCAUCCUUUAAUAUUGAUUUGACACUCAAGCUUUAA